AUGGCAUUCAAAUUCAACUUUACUGAAGAUGAUCUCGAUCUGGAAGAAUCUGACACUCAGCAACAAAAUGAUCUUGAAACUUCACUUGGUGAUUUACAAUUGAAAGAAGACGAAUGUGAUAAGAUUCCUUGUCAAGAAUAUGAUAUUAUGACUUCACCUUUACCUAAUGUGAUUCAAGCCGAUAUACUCCAGAUUCCCAAUGUGACACUUCCUCUUUAUAAACGUACUUUGGCCGAUGUCAAGUUCCAAAUGGCAGAACAAGAUACAUUGGGUGAUACCAACAAUACCACGGAAGAAAACAAGGUACUGGACAUGCUUAAUUUGACAGGCAACAGUGAUUUAGUACGAGGGGUAUAUGAAGGUGGAUUCAAGACCUGGGAAUGUUCUGUUGAUUUGGUUCAAUGGUUAUCUACUUUACAAGAUAUAGAAGGAAAACGUAUUUUAGAAAUUGGAUGUGGUUCAGCUUUACCUUCUCUCUAUUUACUUGCUCGUUAUCAAGAAGUCCAAGUUGAUGUACAAGACUACAAUGAUCAAGUCAUUCGAUUGAUUACUUUACCCAAUAUUUUGUUGAAUACCGUUUUAUCACCUCAAGAGCCAACGACAAUAGAAGCAAACAAUGAUACUGAUGAUGAUGAUGAUGAUGAUGAUGAUGAUGAAGAGAAUAACAAAACCGGCAAUGAUGAAAAUCACGAUGAAGAUGAUGAGGUAGAAGGAAAAGACCAAGUGAUGGAAGAUCCAGUGACAUGCGAUGCAGAAGCGGAAAUUCCUAGUGACAAGGUUUCUGAUAUGUUACAACAAGUUCAACAACGUACCAAGGCAUUUGUAGGUGAUUGGGCUGGGUUACCGAACCAACUGGCACAACAAAAGUACGAUAUAUUGAUUACUUCUGAAACCAUAUAUUCUGAACAUUCGUUACCUGACUUGAUUCGUGUCUUUCAAAAUGCUCUUCAUAAGCCAAAUGGUGUUGGUUGGUGGAGGAAUUUUACCUUUCUGUGA